AUGGGUUUUGGGAUCAUCGUUUUUCUGGCUGUUAUAAUAGGGGUACUUGGGAGCCCCGGUGUGACGAGCAGACCCGAGGCCGCCGCCUCAGCAGACGUGUCAGCUCAUCCCAACAGCGUGCCAGAGACACCAGAGAUCUUUGGACAGGAAAAAGUAUUGGUGUUGGAGGAGGUUGAGGAGGAUGUGAUGAUGACUGGCGAGCUGAACCCCAACCAAUACCCUGCUCAGAGGGCAGCCAAGGUGGUCCAACACUACCUCAACACCUGCUACGGCUCACCAUACAGGGUGAUCGGACUAAACAGGGUCCACAGCGGAAACGCACAGGAUGUGACUGACUCUGGAAGAAAGUUUCAGCUAGAGAUCUCAGUGCAGGACUUCAUUAGCAAUAAAACAGAGAAAUGCUCUGCAGAGGUUUUUUUUCCAAGCGGAGGGCAGCAGCGCUCACCCCAGGUCCACGCCUCGUGUGAGGAGCUCCCUAAAAUCAACACACAGGCUCAAGAGGAGGCAUUGUACCAAAAGUACAAGACCAACCAAAGCCGACUGUCAGCAGAGUUACCUGAUAGCUUCGGCCACAUCGACCCCGACAUGGAGCCUCUCUGGCACCUGGGCACUGUGGCCUCCAGCUUCAUCAUGCUGAAUGAAUCUACUGAAAACACUCUGUACAACAUGGCUCAGGUGGCCAACAUCACACAGCUGGCAACUGAGAACGAGCAGCUGAAGUUCGACUAUCACAUACUGCUGCAUGAGAUGGUGUCCCAGGAAAUCAUUCACUGGAAACUGCUGUUCACCUGGUCUCCACCAGCGGGAGUUAAAGUGCUGCAGAUGGAGCAGCUGCCUCACUCCCAUCAUCACGAACCCCUAAACACACGCUGAACUGCUGACAGUCCUCGCACCGCCACAACGACCCAAACAAAACCUUGAUGCUCACAUCCUAACCUGGAGCAGUAGUGUGUUUACGAUCAGGAACUGAAAUGUUGAUGCUUGUAGCACUAACCUUUUUGAACCAAGGGAAGGUGCAGUUUAUAUUAUCAGGAGUAAGAUUAAGCCAACAUAAAUAAUGACACGUUAUCCUUAAAUUGGCCUAUACUGUCCAGAAUAAACUGUUUUUAAAUGUUA